UAUUAUUUUCUUGCACAGUGCGUACCAUAGUAUAGCUGCAUGGCUCACGGUGUUUCCAUAUAUCAACCAGACAGUCCUUCAAUUCUGAUGUCCACCGGACUCUAGUUCCACCAUGUCAGUUUUUUUUUUGUCUGGGAUUCCCCUCCGUGUUUAUUUCACCGUGCUCUCUGGUUGGCUUACCUGUCAAAAAGCUGCGUUCUGGUUUGCAGUAGGGGGACACCACACAAGACGCGAUAUUGGGCCAUGACAAUCCAACAUGUUGUCAGAAGGGGAAAAUCAGGAACAAAAAUCCUACCCUGUGGACUAAGUUUAAAGGUACUGGCGUUCUGCUUGGGUUGUGAGAAAAUGGGCUCGGCUGGGGUUGCUAUAGGUAAUCUAGGUAAUGGCAGAGUUUUAUUAAUUGUAACUUGAGAUAUGCCUAUGGGGAUUUUUGAAAUUUUUGAGUGAUUCAAGUAAAAUCACUGUUUAUUAAAAGUGUUAGUUCUUGAAUGAAUAAUAAUGGGUAUCUGUUCCUUUGCUUUGUCCUUCUUAGAUUUCCCAUGGCAGACUUUCAGCCUUUGCUUCUGCUACUUCUCAUCCUGACUACAUCAUUUGCCAAUGAAAAUGAACCUAUAAUCUCCACCUUAAGUGGAAAGGUUAGAGGGAAGUAUUUUAAUGUGCUAGACGGUCAUAUUCAAGCAUUUCGUGGAAUUCCGUAUGCAGUGGUGCCUCGCUCUGUCCUAAGAUUCCGUCCUCCAAUGCCUGUGAGAAAAUGGGAGGAUGUGAAAAAUGCCCAAGAUUUACCAAAUUCCUGCUACCAGUUGCGAGAUGAAAUGUUUCCAGGGUUUGAAGGUGCAGAGAUGUGGAAUCCAAACACCCCUGUGAGUGAGGACUGUCUGUACUUGAAUAUUUGGGCCCCUAUGUUCAAGAAACCCAAACCCCAACCUGCAGAUCGUGUUCCUGUAUUAGUCUGGAUAUAUGGAGGUUCCUUUAUGUCAGGAACAUCCACCCUGGAUGUCUACCAAGGCCAUUUCUUGUGUAAAUCUCAGAACGUUGUUGUGGUAACUAUGAAUUACAGAGUGGGACCACUUGGCUUUCUGGCUAUUCCUAACAACCCAAACAUCCGGGGAAAUCAAGGUCUACUGGAUCAGCGUUUGGCAAUUAAAUGGGUGCGCAAUAACAUCGCUGCAUUUGGAGGUGAUCCUAGAAGGAUAACACUAUUUGGGGAGAGUGCUGGAGCAGCAUCUGUGGGGUUCCACCUGGUCUCUCCAGGCAGCCAGUACCUCUUUCAAAGGGCUGUGAUGCAGAGCGGCUCCCCUAAUGCAGCAUGGGCCAUAGCAAAUAAAACUGAGAUAUAUGACAGAUCCUUAAAACUAGCAAAAUUGCUAGGCUGCUCCGUGGAUGAUCCUGCUCCUCUGGAGUAUUGUUUGCUGAAUGCUGAUCCUGAAAAGAUGUCACUUAAGCAAUUUGAAAAUCUUGUUCCGCCUUCAGUUUUGUCCAUGCCAUUUGUCCCACAUAUUGAUGGAGACGUCAUACCAUCUGAUAUAGAAACGUUGUUAAGCAACUCUACUCUUUCCAAAAAAGAACUGUUGAUAGGCUUGAAUAAAGAUGAAGGAACCUACUUUCUUUUUUAUGGAAUGCCUGGUUUCACUCGCCAGGGUGAAAGUUUCAUCACCAGGACGGACUUUAUGGACGGUUUACCACUAGUAAUGAAAAAUUCAAGUGCGAUUGUUAAACAAACCGUUAUUUCUCACUACACUGAUUGGCAAGAUGAAAACAAUACAAAGACCAACCGUGAUCAAAUGGGGAGGAUGGUUGGAGAUGUGCUGUUCAAUUGUCCUGUAAUGGACUUUGCUACUCGGUAUGCAGAACGUGGCGGUAAGACCUUUUUGUAUUUUUUUGACCAAAUGUCAUCCCCAAAUCCCUGGCCAAAAUGGGCGGGUGUUAUGCAUGGCUACGAGAUAGACUAUGUAUUUGGAAAUCCUCUGAAUGAGUCCCGUAAGUUCACGUCGGAUGAAAUGACUGUGUCCAAGAGGAUUAUGCAGCACUUUGGCGACUUUGCCCGGACUGGAAAUCCAGGGUUUAACGGAAGUGAUUGGCCAUUGUUUAAUGCUAGAAGUCAGGUGUAUGUCAUUUUGAAUGACCAUAGCAGAGGAGUAAAAAAGAAUUUAAAAGCUAAAGAGUGUUAUUUGUGGCAGACUUUCCUGCCUAAAUUACAGAACAUGCCAGAUUCCAAGCUGCGGUGCCCUUCAAGUGGGAUUGUUCACUACAAUUGGGUGUUCCCUCUUAUUUUGUUAGUUAUCAGUUUAACCCAUUAACCGAGUUCCUGCUCUCUGUUUAGUUCAUGUGUUUAAUGUCUAAUGUGUAACAGGUGGGUGCUUGCUUUUUUUAAAUAUGUCAAAUAUUAUCAGAGCACCACCUGAAGGCUAUAUGUUGAUCCUUGGGGCCCUAUAGCCUGUUUUACUUAAAGGUGUCACUGAAAAGCAUAGUUUGAAAAAAGGCUUUUAGAAUGUUUGUGCAAAAAAUAUAUAUUUUUACACUGUUUGAAUAACUUGCUUCCUAUGCUGAUUAGAAAUGGUUUAUAAAGUGGU